CUCCACCUCUGCCUCCCGCCCCCAGGGCCAAAGUACAAAGGGAGGAGGAAGAAGGGAACGGGGUCGGAGCCGUCUGGGCCAAAGCCACCAAGGCUGGGAAGAGGCAGGUUCGGCCCUACUGGGGACUCUCUGCCCGCUACAUGUAAAGGCCCAGCCGAGUCCAGGCUCUGCCCCUGGCAGGCCCCACCUUACACUUGGAGGGCGCUGGAGCCAACCUCCAAAGAGUACUCCAGGACCGAGGGACUCUUGGGCCCCUACAAGCCAGCCAUGGUGAGGCACCGGAGGCCCCGGGGCCCCACCCCUCCAGCCUGACUACACUGCUCCAGGUGCCCUCUUCCAGAAGCCGGAGAUGCGGGGGGCCGGGAGACAACACUCCUGGCUCCCCAGAGAGGCGUGGGUCUGGGGCUGAGGGCCAGGGCCCGGAUGCCCAGGUUCCGGCAUUAGGGCCUUGGCAGUCAGCGGGGGUGGGGACCACAGGGAGGUCCCCCACACAUUCCAGUGCCAGCUCCUGGCCAUGGAGCCCUUGAAGAACCUCUUCCUCAAGAGUCCUCUGGGAUCAUGGAAUGGCAGUGGCAGUGGGGGCAGCGGGGGUGGUGGCGGAGGCCGGGCAGAGGGGUCCCCGAAGGCAGCGGCAUAUGCCAACCCUGUGUGGACAGCCCUGUUCGACUACGAGCCCAAUGGGCAGGACGAGCUUGCCCUGCGGAAGGGAGACCGUGUGGAAGUGCUGUCCCGGGAUGCAGCCAUCUCAGGAGAUGAGGGCUGGUGGGCAGGCCAGGUGGGUGGCCAGGUAGGCAUCUUUCCAUCCAACUAUGUGUCUCGGGGUGGCGGCCCGCCCCCCUGCGAGGUGGCCAGCUUCCAGGAGCUGCGGCUGGAGGAGGUGAUUGGAAUUGGUGGCUUCGGCAAGGUCUACCGUGGCAGCUGGCGAGGGGAGCUGGUGGCUGUGAAGGCAGCUCGCCAGGAUCCUGAUGAGGACAUCAGUGUGACUGCUGAGAGCGUUCGCCAGGAGGCCCGGCUUUUCGCCAUGCUGGCACAUCCCAACAUCAUUGCCCUCAAGGCUGUGUGCUUGGAGGAGCCGAACCUAUGCCUGGUGAUGGAGUAUGCAGCUGGUGGGCCCCUCAGCCGUGCCCUGGCUGGGCGGCGUGUGCCACCCCAUGUGCUGGUCAACUGGGCCGUGCAGAUUGCCCGUGGGAUGCACUACCUGCACUGUGAGGCCCUGGUACCUGUCAUCCACCGCGACCUCAAGUCCAACAACAUUCUGCUGCUGCAGCCCAUUGAAGGAGAUGACAUGGAACACAAGACCCUGAAGAUCACUGACUUUGGUCUGGCUCGAGAGUGGCAUAAAACCACGCAAAUGAGUGCUGCAGGCACCUAUGCCUGGAUGGCUCCUGAGGUUAUCAAGGCCUCCACCUUCUCUAAGGGCAGCGAUGUCUGGAGCUUUGGGGUGCUGCUGUGGGAACUGCUGACUGGGGAAGUGCCUUACCGUGGUAUCGACUGUCUUGCUGUGGCCUAUGGUGUAGCUGUUAACAAGCUCACACUGCCCAUCCCGUCCACCUGUCCAGAACCCUUCGCACAGCUCAUGGCCGACUGCUGGGCACAGGACCCUCACCGCAGGCCCGACUUCGCCUCCAUCCUGCAGCAGUUGGAGGCGCUAGAGGCGCAGGUCCUGCGGGAAAUGCCGCGGGACUCCUUCCAUUCGAUGCAAGAAGGCUGGAAACGAGAGAUCCAGGGCCUCUUCGAUGAGCUGCGGGCGAAGGAAAAGGAACUACUGAGCCGCGAGGAGGAGCUGACACGAGCGGCGCGCGAGCAGCGAUCACAAGCCGAACAGCUACGGCGGCGCGAGCACCUAUUGGCUCAGUGGGAGCUAGAGGUGUUUGAGCGCGAGCUGACGCUGCUGCUGCAGCAAGUGGACCGCGAACGGCCGCACGUCCGCCGUCGCCGCGGCACCUUCAAGCGCAGCAAGCUCCGGGCGCGUGACGGCGGCGAGCGCAUCAGCAUGCCCCUGGAUUUCAAGCACCGCAUCACCGUGCAGGCCUCACCUGGCCUUGACAGGAGAAGAAACGUCUUUGAGGUUGGGGCUGGGGAUUCGCCGACCUUCCCCCGGUUCCGGGCCAUCCAGUUGGAACCUGCAGAACCUGGACAGGCAUGGGGCCGCCAGUCUCCCCGUCGUCUGGAGGACUCAAGCAAUGGAGAGCGACGAGCUUGCUGGGCCUGGGGUCCCAGUUCUCCCAAACCUGGAGAGGCCCAGAAUGGGAGGAGAAGGUCCCGCAUGGAUGAAGCCGCGUGGUACCUGGAUUCAGAUGACUCUUCCCCCUUAGGAUCUCCUUCCACACCCCCAACACUCAAUGGUAACCCCGCACGGCCCAGCCCAGAGCCCGAAGAGCCGCGGAGGCCGGGACCAGCCGAGCGCGGCAGCAGCUCCGGGACGCCCAAGCUGAUCCAGCGGGCGCUGUUGCGCGGCACCGCCUUGCUCGCCUCCCUAGGCCUCGGCCGAGACCUGCAGCCACCUGGGGGUCUGGGCCGCGAGCGCGGAGAGCCCCCAACAGUGACCCCUGUGCCGGUGACCUCCCCAUGCCCCACAGAGCCUCCUGCCUCCCCGAUCGGCUGCCUCUCUCCCAAGACGCAGGAUGCCCGAGGCCUUUCCACCCCUGGGCCCCUGCUGCUGGACCUGGGUGUCCCCACCGGCCAGCCGUCAGCCAAGAGUGCCCGGCGGGAGGAGACACGUGGAGGCACUGUCUCACCCCCACCAGGAAUAUCACGCUCUGCUCCCGGCACCCCGGGCACUCCACGCUCACCACCCCUGGGCCUCAUCAGCCGACCUCGGCCCUCACCCCUUCGCAGCCGCAUUGACCCGUGGAGCUUCGUGUCAGCUGGACCACGGCCUUCACCCUUGCCCUCACCACAGCCUGCGCCCAGACGGGCACCUUGGACCUUGUUCCCAGAUUCAGAUCCUUUCUGGGACUCCCCACCUGCCAACCCCUUCCGAGGAGGCCCCCAGGACUGCAGGGCGCAGACCAAAGACAUGGGUGCCCAAGCCCCAUGGGCACCAGAGGCCGGCCCUUGAGUGGGCCAGGCCGUCUUCUGUCCCACCUGCCAUGGAGGAGCCACAGCAUACACUGGAACAGGAGCCAGGCACACAUCUGGAGCUGCUUGGUUUCCCCCAGAGACUCCGCCCCCUGUUGGGGGUCAGGAACACUACACUGCACAGGAAGCCAUCACACUGGAUGGGGGGCCUGCACCCCCCCCCAAUUUAUGACCUAUAGGUCCCCUUGACUUAUUUGCCCCACUGGGGCCUGACACUGUACCCAGCUGGUUGGGAGGACCAGAGCCUGUCUCAGGGAAUUGCCCCCAGGGUGUAGGGAGGAGGGAGGUGCAGGGGAGGGGCCAGCCUCAGCUGUCACCAGCACUUUUGACCAAGUCCUGCUACUGUGGCCCCUGCCCCAAGGGCUUAGUGCCUGGGCCCCCUGCCCUGGGGGUCAGUGGGGCCGGGGCUCUCUGGGUGCCUUCCUGCUACCCCAGCCAGGGUGGGGGCCCUGGUCUUGGGAUCCAAUGAAGCCAAAUAAACUGGUAAGCUGUCUCUCCAAA